AUGUCGCUGUCGCAGUGGAAACUCGAUUACAGCUAUUCUUCAAAGAAUUGCCGUACUUCUGACAGCAACUUCAACCCGCCAGGAUUUUACUCGUCAGCUGCAACAGUUCAGCACAGUGCGGAAGCUGACCGAUCUGCUGAUCAACACGAACAUCUUGCACGGAAGCGAGCAUGGGAUACUGCAAUGGGACCAGCGAAGUCAUUGCCGAUGAACAUGUUCAUGAUGUACAUGGCCGGAGGCGGAGUGUCCAUUUUCCCGAUUAUGAUGGUCGGAAUGAUGCUUUUCAGGCCGUUGAAAGCCCUUUUCUCUGUCAACUCCACAUUCAAACCACUUGAGAGUCCUGCCACCGGAGCCAUGAUUCUUCACAAACUAAUCUUCUGUCUCGGAAAUCUCGGAGCGAUCGGUCUUGCCAUCUACAAAGUACACACAAUGGGUCUACUUCCUAAUACUCCAUCGGAUUGGCUUGAAUUCAUUCCACAACCGGGUCGUGCUCAAUACUCGAUAGUCGACGAAGUAUUUCUCUGA